AUGAAGGACCAGCGCUUUCGAUUUAUCUUCUUUGCUGAUGAAGUCAAAGCUUCUGAAGCGAUGCAUUGGUUGAAGGCUAUUGACAAGCUGGAAAUCGCAAUGAGUCAGUCAAAUCGGCAAACAACUUUCAAGCAGUACCUCGCAAGCGACAGCGACAUGGAAAUCGUGAGGGCGAUGAUUCGUUUAACUCACAUUGAGGAACAUGUGUUGAUCAUCUUUACUAAAGAAGAUGGCGAGUCUAUCAAGGAUUGGUACGGAGUAAAUAUCAGCCACGUUGUAGGAAAGGGAGAAAACGUAGUUGACAGAAUAGUAGGAUUUGCACCCAGAAGCAUCAAUUGCGUCUGCGUAGCUGAUCUGCAAUACAACACCAAAGAAAAAGAGAUAGACAGGGAAAAAAGUCUAAUCUUGAACGUUACGGACACGCUUUUCAAAGAAAGGCAAGGUUCGACUGCUGGAAUUUGGGCUUACGGCUCAGUAGCACAAAAAACCGAUUUUACAAAUGUCUUCAAUAACAUGAGCGAUACCUAUGAGAAAUUCGAACGUGAAGCUCAUACAGCCAUGCAGAGAGGGUAUUUUGUAAACGAUUUGGGUGCAAAUUUCUCUACAAUAAACACUGCAACUGGUCCAGAAGGAAAAGUGGAUAGCUUGCUUUUCAUGUGGGGCGCAGAUUUCGUGGAAAAGAACUGGGUUAUCACUCCAAGUUACAAUUACACGAAUAUUGUAGUUGUUAGUCUGCAAGAUGCCAACUUCACGGGCCAUGUAGAUGACCGAGGAGAAAUUAUCAACGUCGUUCUCAAUGACUACAAAGAUGCAGAUGUCCGGAAAAUUGUUGAUGCAUUGAUUCAUGAAUAG